UCUGUUUUCCUUCAGGAAGGAAAACGACGACGUACUUGCAUUAUUAACGCAGAAACAAGGAAAGUCAGUUAAAAUUUCCCACAAUUUGAUCUUUUUAAUAUAAGAAGAUUGAAACCAAAUUCCCGAGGAGAAAGACAAUGGAGGCUCUGGUUUGCAGAAAAUUGGGAGACCCAACAGCACCCAUUUCAGGAGGAGGAGCAGAGAAAGCAAUAGUGGUGGAGAAGAAUCAUCCAAUUCCUGAAUUGGUGUCUCCCACAUCGGUGAGGGUGAGGGUGAAAGCUACGAGCUUGAACUACGCCAAUUAUCUACAGAUAUUGGGCAAGUACCAAGAGAAGCCACCCCUCCCUUUCAUCCCUGGCUCUGACUAUUCCGGCGUCGUCGACGCCGUGGGACCUUCGGUCUCCAAGUUCAAAGUCGGCGACCCUGUUUGCUCUUUUGCCGCCCUCGGCUCCUUUGCCCAAUUCAUCGUCGCCGACCAGACCGAGCUGUUUGGAGUGCCAGAGGGGUGUGAUCUGGUAGCUGCUGCUGCACUGCCUGUUGCAUUUGGGACAUCACACGUGGCUCUCGUUCACCGGGCCAAUUUGACCUCCGGCCAAGUAUUGCUGGUUCUUGGUGCAGCUGGAGGUGUUGGUCUUGCAGCUGUACAGAUUGGCAAGGUUGUUGGAGCCAUUGUUAUUGCUGUUGCUAGGGGAGCUGAGAAGGUGCAGUAUUUGAAGUCAUUGGGUGUUGAUCAUGUCGUGGACUCGAGCACUCAGAAUCUUAUCCAAAGUGUCAAGGACUUCUUGAAAACCAGAAAGCUUAAAGGGGUUGACGUUUUGUAUGAUCCAGUUGGAGGCAAGCUUACUAAAGAGGCCAUGAAGGUUUUGAGUUGGGGGGCCAACAUUUUGGUCAUAGGCUUUGCCAGUGGAGAGAUCCCUGUUAUCCCUGCAAAUAUUGCCCUUGUUAAGAACUGGACAGUGCAUGGACUUUACUGGGGUAGCUACAGAAUUCAUCGACCAGCUGUUCUUGAAGAUUCACUCAAGGAGCUACUAUCCUGGGUGGCAAGAGGCUUGAUCACCAUCCGCAUCUCUCAUACUUAUCGCCUGCCAGAGGCCAAUCUUGCGUUUUCUGCCAUCAAAGAUAGGAAAGCCAUUGGAAAAGUGAUGCUUGUUCUUGAUGACCAGACAAGUGUAAAAUCAAAGCUUUAACUUGAUCAGAGUUCAGCUUGGAUGGGCGGGCCUUGUAAUCGUCGGCACUUCAAAUCCAUAAACUGCCCCUUUUCAUAUCUUGUGACAAACACAUGGUUUCCUAUUUGAUUGCUGAUGAUACAAAUAAAUAAAUAAGAUAAAAUGGUUUGGGUUCAUGGUACCAGUUA